AUGGUUCCUCAUAAUGCAAGUUUAAAGUUACUAGCAAUGGUGGAUAUAUUGCUAAUCUUAUUAUCAAGUUCCACGUGGCAAGAAGUGGGGGCCACAGUAGAUUGUCCGACGGUGACUCAGCUUUUGAACACGUGUUCAGUGUUCAUUACCUAUGGAUCACCGGACCCACUACCAGGGUCACCAUGCUGUGAUGCGGUUAUGGGCCUGAGUAAUUUGGGAGACUCGAUUGAAAGCAGGAGGUCCGUAUGUAGGUGUAUGAUGGGCCUUAUUGCUGCUUAUAGCCCAGAUGCCACUUCUAUUGCUACUUUGCCGGGCUUUUGUGGUGUUUCUUUGGGCUUCAUUAUUGAUCCCAACACUGAUUGCACUCUGUAUGCUCUCUCCUCCCCACUAUCGAUAUAUGAUACUUCUUCUGUCUCUACUUUUAUCGCGUCAUUAGAGUUCUCACACUUGUCAAUUAUCAAAUGUUAUGUGACUGAAGAUGUGAAGAAUUGGGCGCCAAAUAAAGAUCUUUAG